AUGGACGGCAAUGGCCUCAUUUUCGACAAUCGCUUUGUCAAGCAAGGUCGCGAAGGUGGUAAACAGGCUGCGCAAGCCCUACUUCUCGCGGUAGCGAGACUUUGUCCCAACCUACCAUCUUCGUUCGAAAUUUUCUGCGACGUUCUGGUCAACAUUGCUGAGAUGGGCCGAGCUCUGUUGAACGAUGGCAGCAUUGACGACCCAAGUCUUUUCCAUGAAUUUGCUAUCGGAUUCACAGAGGCCAAGUCUUCUUUUAACUUUAUUGAUAUUGGCUUGAGCAAGACAACACUGGUUCGCAAAAUUGAAGAAACGGCAACGUGGCAUCUGGGAUGCUACAACUGUAGACAUGUCAUGUUAGGCGUCGGUCAUGGUGCCGAAUAUGCUCCUUUUCUGCGCAGAAUUAACGAGGCCGGGGAUGCCAGGAUGUGCGUCUCUGUACUUCUGGGACAGCCUAUAGUGCGCGAAAUCGAGGCCUGCGGCAACACUGUUUAUGCGCUUGACGGCGACAUCUUUCGCACAACCAAACUUGUGGAUAAGACUUUGAUAGAGAAACCGAGCGUCCAGCGCACCGAGACGACCAAACCUCAGAGUUCACCGGUAGCUCGCGCAGCGACACAAGCUGUACUGACGCCUGCUACAAGCACUGCAUCCAUGUCGCCUCCACAAACUUCCUGGGCCAAGAUCACGAAAAGUGCCAGUCCUCCCCCCAAACUGACUAUACCCCUACCUCCUAAACAGGUUAAGACUAAGCCCGCGAGCAAGGCACCUCCUCAGCCAGCUUGGAGCCCUGGACCUCGUGGCCGCGAUCCUCCCAUUACGGUUGGCAUUCCAGCCAUGGAAGAUAUCAAGCGUCGCGAGGACAACGAAAAAUUGUGCAACAAUCACUUUCUCCGUGGGCCCUGUACCAGAAUAGGUGCUUGUACUUUCAACCAUACGUUCAAGCCAUCAAAAGAACAGUUAAAGGCACUCGCAAUGCUCGCUCGACAGAAUCCCUGCAUAAAUGGACAGGAUUGUGAUGUCGACGACUGCAUAUAUGGGCAUAAUUGCCCUAACGUAACGAAUGGUUUAUGCACUCGAUCGCAUUGCAGGUUUAAGAUCGAUGGUCAUCCCCCGAAUACCAAGUUUACCAAUAACAAGAUCCACGAAAACUGA